AUGAGUAGUUUACAACAGUCACCAAUAUUUACUUCAACAAAAUCUAUACUAUCUCCCAAAUUACUGACCUAUAGUGAUACAAUUCAACCAUUAUCAUUAGACAAGUUGAAAUUUCAAACACCAGUCAAUGAACAACAAUUUUCAGUUUAUCGACGAUUCCCUCGUGAAUCGUUAGUAGUAGCACGACAUACUAUUAAUCGAUUGAGAAAUCGUGCAGCAAUGCUCAAAACUAGUCAUGACGAAGAUUUGAAAACAUGGAAACAUGAAGUAAAUAAAAUUCCUAAACAAUAUAUCUGCGAUAGAUCUGAGGAUUUUCGAACAAAUUUAUGGUACAAAUUCCAGCAUAAUUCCAAAGUAUUGCCUGAAUGUUCAACUCCCAAUGAGGCAGCUAUUUCGAGUAAACAAUUACCAACAACUACUGAAUCUUCUUCUCAAAAAUCGGUCUAUGAAUAUCUCUCACCGAUUUCAAGAUAUUGUCGAUCAAUGCCAAUGUGUAACUAUUCUUUUAAUCAAAAUAAUAAUCCAAAUAAUUAUAAAUACGAUAGUUACAGGAAAAUAGAUGGUUUUGUUGAUCAUUUAACAUCACCCAAAGCUCUGAGUUUCUAUGAUUAUCUUAAAAAAUCUAAUGAUUCUCCAUCGAAUAUAUUUUUUGAUAAUACAUCCUAUUCAUUAGAAUUUGGUAAUCUAUUUUCAGAUAAUCUACAUUGUCGGAAGUUAUUCAAUGACAAACAUCAGUGUUUGGAAAGUUAUGCGUAUGAGUUAAAUGAAUGUUUUGAAAAUGAUAUUAAUCCAAAUGAUUUUCAGAAUGGAAUCGAGCAACAAGAACAAAAUCUUAUUAACUAUUCUAUUAAUCAAGAAUUACAAAUGCAACGUCGAACGUCGAAUGAUAAGUGUAAACAGAUAGAUUUCACAACGAUAAAAUAUUGUCCACAAAAUGAAUUUUUUAAAACAGCCAAAAUUUUAGAAUUAGCAGCAAAUGCUAUGGCUAAAGCUAGUAAUAGAGUAACCUCUACAAUGUCAAACAAUUGUAAUGAACAAAAAAAAAUUUAA